UGUUUCCUAGCCGGCACAUAUGUGGAAUAUUUGUCGAGACGGAUAAAUAACGUAAUAUAUUUUGACUCGGAGUCGCACGGAGCGAGAUGUAAACUUUAUUACGUUAUGUCACGGCAGCACGGAGUAGUGUUGGACUUCUGAAUCUGGAUAAUUAUGACCUAUUUAAAUUACAACCGUAGAAAAGAUUUAACGGAUGUUUAAUAUGUGUGUACUACUUCAGUAACCCUUUUCUUUGGUGCAAAUAUAAGCACACAAUUAUAGCGAAGUAGCUGUUGUCAAGCCCGAGGAACCAUGUCGGACAAGAUGUCUAGUUUCCUCCAUAUUGGGGACAUUUGUUCCCUGUAUGCAGAAGGAACCACCUGUGGGUUUAUCAGCACCUUAGGGCUUGUGGAUGAUCGCUGUGUGGUACAGCCAGACACAGGUGACCUCAACAACCCACCCAAGAAAUUCAGAGACUGCCUUUUCAAACUGUGUCCUAUGAACAGAUAUUCAGCACAGAAACAGUUCUGGAAGGCAGCAAAGCCUGGGGGCAACAGCACCACUGACACAGUCCUCCUCAACAAACUCCAUCAUGCCGCUGACCUGGAGAAGAAGCAGAAUGAGUCUGAAAACCGCAAACUGCUGGGAACAGUCAUCCAGUAUGGAAAUGUCAUUCAGUUGCUUCACUUAAAAAGCAAUAAAUACCUGACUGUGAACAAGCGCCUACCUGCACUUUUGGAGAAGAACGCCAUGAGAGUGACUCUGGACUCAGCGGGAAACGAGGGAUCCUGGUUCUAUAUCCAGCCUUUCUACAAGCUACGAUCCCUGGGAGACAGUGUGGUGAUUGGUGAUAAAGUGGUCCUUAAUCCUGUGAAUGCUGGACAGCCUCUACAUGCCAGCAGCCACCAGCUGGUUGACAACCCAGGAUGCAAUGAGGUUAAUUCUGUAAACUGCAACACAAGCUGGAAAGUUGUUCUUUUCAUGAAGUGGAGUGACAAUAAGGAAACGAUUCUCAAAGGGGGUGAUGUGGUGCGGUUGUUCCAUGCAGAGCAGGAAAAGUUUCUCACGUGUGACGACUACAGGAAGAAGCAGUAUGUUUUUCUUCGAACCACUGGCCGACAGUCUGCCACUUCUGCCACCAGCAGCAAAGCACUGUGGGAAGUAGAGGUGGUCCAUCAUGACCCAUGUAGGGGAGGUGCAGGAUAUUGGAACAGCUUGUUCCGAUUUAAACACUUGGCCACUGGAUGUUAUUUGGCUGCUGAAGUUGGUGAGGUGAACCCAGACUUUGAGGAAGAGAGUGUUGAGCAGCGGUCCUCUGUGGCGGACUUUGCGCCCUUUAAUUUUCAGCUUGAUGCAGAUAAUGAUGCUUUGCGAGGUCGUCUAAGAGCUCCACAAGAAAAAAUCAUGUACACACUGGUGCCAGUUCCUGACGGCAUGGACAUCUCCUCCAUCUUUGAGCUGGACCCUACAACUCUGAGAGGAGGGGACUCCAUGGUGCCCAGGAGCUCCUAUGUGAGGCUAAGACACUUGUGCACCAACACAUGGGUCCAUAGUACCAACAACCCCAUCGACAAAGAAGAGGAGAAGCCUGUUAUGUUACAGAUUGGAACAUCAGCAGUAAAAGAAGAUAAAGAAGCUUUUGCAAUUGUACCAGUGCCUCCAGCAGAAGUGCGUGAUUUAGACUUCGCUAAUGAUGCAAGUAAAGUGUUAGCAUCCAUUGCUGGCAAGCUGGAAAAGGGAACUAUUACACAAAAUGAAAGGAGGUUUGUGACCAAGCUUCUUGAAGAUCUGAUCUUCUUUGUGGUAGAUAUUCCCAACAGCGGACAGGAUGUGUUGGAGAUCAUGGUUAACAAACCCAGCAGGGAAAGACAGAAGCUCAUGAGAGAGCAGAACAUACUGAAACAGAUUUUCAAACUUCUCCAAGCCCCUUUCACAGACAGUGGUGAUGGUCCCAUGCUGCGGCUGGAGGAGCUUGGAGACCAGCGUCAUGCUCCAUUCAGACAUAUUUGCAGGCUUUGUUACAGAGUGCUUCGUCAUUCCCAGCAGGAUUACAGAAAGAACCAGGAAUACAUAGCCAAACAAUUCCGCUUCAUGCAAAAACAGAUAGGAUAUGAUGUGCUGGCAGAAGACACAAUUACAGCGCUGCUUCACAACAACCGCAAGCUGCUGGAGAAACACAUCACUGCUGCUGAGAUAGACACAUUUGUCACACUGGUGAGGAAGAAUCGAGAGCCAAGGUUUCUGGACUACCUCUCAGAUCUCUGCGUUUCCAUGAACAAGUCCAUCCCUGUGACACAGGAGCUCAUCUGUAAUGCAGUGCUGGAUCCCACCAAUGCGGACAUCCUCAUUGAAACCAAAUUAGUCCUUUCCAGGUUUGAGAUUGAGACCACAGCAAAUGGUGAGAAUCCAGUGGAGGCUGAGGAUGAAGAGGAGGUCUGGUUGUUCUGGAAAGACAACUGUAAGGACAUCCGAAGUAAGAGCAUCAGGGAGUUGGCCCUGGAUGCAAAAGAGGGCCAGAAGGAGGACCUGGAGGUGGUCAGCUACUACAGAUGCCAGCUAAACCUCUUUGCACGGAUGUGUCUGGACCGUCAGUAUCUGGCAAUCAACAAAAUCUCUGGGCAGCUGGAUGUGGAUUUGAUCCUGCGCUGCAUGUCUGAUGAGGAACUUCCCUAUGACCUGCGAGCGUCUUUCUGCCGCCUCAUGUUGCACAUGCAUGUGGACCGUGACCCACAAGAGCCAGUCACACCUGUCAAAUAUGCUCGACUUUGGUCUGAAAUCCCAUCAAAGAUUGCUAUUGAUGACUACGAUAAUGAUGGAACCACCAGAGAUGAGAUUAAAGAGCGUUUCUGCCUCACAAUGGAUUUUGUGGAGAAUUACCUGAGAGAGGUGGUAUCGCAGAACAUUCCCUUCUCUGACAAGGAGAAAAACAAGCUUACCUUUGAGGUAGUGAACCUUGCGAGGAACCUCAUAUACUUUGGUUUCUACAACUUUAGUGACCUGCUUCGACUGACAAAGAUUUUACUGAACAUUUUAGACUGUGUACAUGUCAGUACCAUUUAUCCCAUUAACAAGAUGGAGAAGGGAGACGAAAACAAAACUGGUAGUAAUGUGAUGAAGUCCAUCCAUGGAGUCGGGGAGCUAAUGACCCAAGUUGUGCUGCGAGGAGGUGGCCUGUUGCCCACCACACCAGCUAAUCAGCCAGAGGGAGAUGUGGCCAAGACACAGACUGAGCCAGAGAGAGAAGAUAUAAUGGUCAUGGACACAAAGCUUAAAAUCAUUGAGAUUCUGCAGUUUAUUCUAAAUGUCCGACUGGACUACAGGAUCUCAUGUCUUCUCUGUAUUUUCAAACGUGAGUUUGAUGAGAACAACCCUCAAGGAGACAACAGUGCCAAUCAGAAUGGAUCCAAUAAUGUCACAGGUGCAAUACCAGGUAAUCUUGAUUUUGAGAACAUUGAAGAACAGGCAGAGGGGAUCUUCGGAGGAAGUGAGGAAAAUACUCCACUGGACCUAGAUGACCACGGUGGUCGCACCUUCCUAAGGGUUCUACUACACCUGACCAUGCAUGACUACCCUCCUCUUGUGUCUGGAGCACUACACCUGCUCUUUAGACACUUCAGUCAGAGGCAGGAGGUCCUCAUGGCCUUCAAACAAGUCCAGCUGCUGGUCACAAGUCAGGAUGUUGAUAACUACAAACAGAUCAAGGCCGACCUGGACCAGCUGCGUUCUAUUGUGGAAAAGUCUGAACUGUGGGUUUAUAAGAGGCAAGGAGAAGAUGGGAUGGAUGGAGAUGGUAUGGAGACUGAUAGCAAGAAGAAGGGGGAUUCCCUCGGUUCGGACAAAACGUCAGAAAGCACCAGUUGUUAUAACUACAGGGUUGUAAAAGAGAUUCUACUGCGCCUCAGUAAGCUGUGUGUCCAGGAAGGAAGCUCAGGGAAGAAGAAUAAGAAACAGCAGCAGAGGCUGCUGAGGAACAUGGGAGCUCACAGUGUGGUGCUGGAGCUCCUACAGAUCCCCUAUGAGAAGGGUGAAGAUAUACUGAUGCAAGAGAUCAUGAAACUGGCUCAUGAGUUUCUGCAGAAUUUCUGUGCAGGGAACCAGCAGAACCAGGCUCUUCUCCACAAACAUAUCAACUUGUUUCUUAACCCAGGGAUCCUAGAGGCUGUCACCAUGCAGCACAUCUUCAUGAAUAACUUCCAGCUGUGCAGUGAGAUCAACGAGCGUGUUGUUCAGCACUUUGUCCACUGCACCGAGUCCCACGGUCGACAUGUCCAGUACCUCAAGUUCCUGCAGACCAUUGUGAAAGCCGAGAACAAGUUCAUCAAGAAGUGUCAAGACAUUGUGAUGGCUGAGCUGGUGAACUCAGGGGAGGAUGUUCUGGUUUUCUACAAUGAUCGCGCCUCCUUCCAGACCUUGGUCCAGAUGAUGCGUUCAGAACGGGACCGCAUGGAUGAGAACAGCCCACUAAUGUACCACAUUCACCUGGUUGAACUGCUGGCUGUCUGCACGGAGGGCAAGAAUGUCUAUACUGAAAUCAAGUGUAACUCACUGCUGCCUCUGGAUGAUAUUGUGCGUGUUGUCACCCAUGAAGACUGUAUCCCUGAGGUUAAGAUUGCCUAUAUCAACUUCCUUAACCACUGCUACGUUGACACAGAGGUAGAAAUGAAGGAGAUCUAUACAUCCAACCAUAUGUGGAAGCUGUUUGAGAACUUCCUGGUAGACAUUUGUAGGGUGUGCAACAACACCAGCGACAGGAAGCAUGCAGAUACCGUACUGGAGCGUUAUGUAACCGAGACGGUCAUGAGCAUUGUCACGUGUUUCUUCAGCUCUCCUUUCUCUGACCAGAGCACUAGCCUGCAGCUUGCUCAUCGCGUGUAUGCUGCCAUUCUUGGAAAGAUAACUGAGACUCGUCAGCCAGUAUUUGUACAACUGCUUCAGGGAGUGUUCAGGGUUUACCACUGUAACUGGCUUAACCCUGUUCAGAAGGCCUCAGUGGAGGCUUGCAUUAAAGUACUGUCAGACGUUGCUAAAAGCAGAGCUAUUGCUAUACCAGUGGACUUGGACAGUCAGGUAAACAACCUGUUUGUUAAGUCCAAUAAUGUUGUGCAGAAGAGCAUCCUCAACUGGAGACUAUCAGCCAAGAACACUUCCAGACGAGACUCUGGCCUGACUACGUCAAAAGAUUACAGAAACAUCAUUGAGAGACUACAGGAUAUAGUGUCGGCGUUGGAGGACCGCCUUAGGCCGCUGGUCCAGGCUGAACUCUCAGUCCUGGUGGACGUCCUGCACCGUCCAGAGCUGCUCUUCCCCGAGAACACAGAAGCUCGAAAGAAAUGUGAGAGCGGAGGAUUCAUAUCAAAACUAAUAAAACACACCAAACAGUUGCUGGAGGAGAAUGAAGAGCGUCUGUGCAUCAAAGUACUUCAGACCCUUAGAGAAAUGAUGACUAAGGAUCGCGGAUAUGGGGAGAAGCUUAUUGCCUUUGAUGAUGAAAUGGAUGUUGCUGAGCUGGCACCUCCAGUCGAGCCUGACGUCCCCGCUGAGGAGCUUGAUCCAAACCAGCCACAGAAGCAACUGGAGGAUCAAAGGAGGGGAGAGGUUCUGCGGCAGAUCCUUGUCAAUCGGUACUAUGGCAAUGUCAAACCCGGUCAGAGGAGAGAGAGCCUCACAACCUUCAGCAACGGUCCGCUCACUGCUGGAGCACAGGGAAAAGCACCUACAGUUGUCAGCUCCGGGGUCGGGGGUCGAGGUGAGCUGAGUUUGGCCGAGGUCCAGUGCCACCUGGACAAAGAAGGCGCCUCAGACCUGGUCAUUGACCUCAUCAUGAACGCUACCAGCGACCGGAUUUUCCAGGAGAGUAUAUUGUUGGCCAUUGCGCUGCUGGAAGGCGGAAACACAGUCAUCCAGAGAUCAUUCUACCAUCGCUUGACGGGAGACAACAAGUCUGAGAAAUUCUUCAAGGUAUUUUAUGAACGCAUGAAGCUGGCCCAGCAGGAGAUUAAAGCGACUGUGACUGUAAACACUAGCGACCUGGGCAGCAAGAAGAAGGACGAGGAGCCCCCAGACAAAGAAACACCGGCGCGCAAAAAAGUCAAAGACUUGCCGGUGGUGGCCGUGGUGACGGAGGAGGUGAAGGAGCAGCUAAUGGAGGCCUCCGCCGUCACCAAGAAGGCGUUCACAACCUACCGCCGCGAGGUCGACGCCGAGGAGCACCAAGCGGCCGCCGAUGGCUCUCCGGCGCCGACGAGCGAUAAGGGUCAGGAGGAAGGCGAGAUGAGCGUCAUCAUCACCAUCAUGCAGCCCAUCCUACGCCUCAUGCAGCUCCUCUGUGAGAACCACAACAGGGACCUGCAGAAUUUUCUGCGCAACCAGAAUAACAAGAACAACUACAAUCUGGUUUGCGAGACUCUCCAGUUCCUGGACUGCAUUUGUGGCAGUACGACAGGAGGUCUGGGCCUUCUGGGACUUUAUAUCAAUGAGAAAAAUGUAGGGCUCAUUAACCAGACUGUGGAGAGCCUGACCGAGUACUGCCAGGGUCCCUGUCAUGAGAACCAGAACUGCAUCGCCACUCAUGAGUGCAACGGCAUUGAUAUAAUCAUCGCACUCAUCCUCAAUGACAUCAACCCCCUUGGCAGGAAGAGAAUGGAUCUGGUGCUAGAACUCAAAAACAAUGCUUCCAAGCUGCUUCUUGCAAUUAUGGAGAGUCGGCAUGACAGCGAGAAUGCUGAGAGAAUACUGUACAACAUGAGGCCUAAGGAGCUGGUGGAAGUGAUCAAAAAGGCCUAUAUGCAGGGGGAGAUAGAGGUGGAGGAGCCGCAUGAAGGGGAGGACGGGGAGGAGGAGCACUCGGCAUCACCACGCAACGUUGGUCAUAACAUUUACAUCCUGGCACAUCAAUUGGCCCGUCACAACAAGGAGCUCCAGGCUAUGUUGAAGCCAGGGGGGGUGUAUGGAGAGGGCGACGAGGCGCUGGAGUUUUAUGCCAAACACACGGCUCAGAUCGAGAUCAUACGACUCGAUCGCACCAUGGAGCAGAUAGUCUUUCCUGUGCCCAACAUCUGCGAGUUCCUCACCCAAGAAUCCAAGUUGCGGGUCUAUUACACCACAGAGCGCGACGAGCAGGGCAGCAAGAUCAAUGACUUUUUCCUUCGCUCUGAAGACCUCUUCAAUGAGAUGAACUGGCAGAAGAAGCUGCGAGGUACUCAAGAGGCUACUGGUACCACAAACACCGUUCCCUCCCAGCCCAUCCUGUACUGGUGCUCGAGGAACAUGUCCUUCUGGAGCAGCAUCUCUUUCAACCUGGCUGUGCUCAUGAACCUGCUCGUGGCCUUCUUCUACCCUCUGGAAGGCGUCCGCGGAGGUACCCUGGAGCCACAUCUGUCUGCCCUGCUGUGGGUGGCCAUGCUCGUGUCUCUGGCUAUUGUCAUCGUCUUGCCUCAGCCCCACGGCAUCCGGGCACUCAUUGCCUCCACCAUCCUACGCCUGAUCUUCUCUGUGGGACUGGAGCCCACCUUGCUGCUGCUGGGGGGUUUCAAUUUAUGUAAUAAGGUCAUCUUUCUGAUGAGCUUCGUUGGGAAUCGAGGAACCUUCACUCGAGGCUACAAGGCCAUGAUCAUGGAUGUGGAGUUUCUGUACCACUUGCUCUACCUGAUCAUCUGCAGCCUGGGGGUUUUUGUACACGUCUUCUUCUACAGCUUACUGCUCUUUGAUCUGGUUUAUCGAGAGGAGACCCUGCUGAACGUAAUAAAGAGUGUGACCCGCAAUGGCCGCUCCAUUGUCCUCACAGCCGUGCUGGCCCUCAUCCUUGUCUACCUCUUCUCCAUUGUGGGCUAUAUCUUUUUCAAAGACGAUUUCAUUUUGACUGUUGACAGGAUCCCCAACAAAACACUAGAGCAUGGAGCCAGUAUGGUGGGAGAGUUCUUCUCUGGGGGAGUUUGUCAGAAAGAAAAUGGAGAGAACUGUUCAGCAGAGGCCAUGAUCGAUGCGUCCCUCGCCAUCCAGCCAUCAGCAGUGGUGAUCGAGGACAAAGAGCGAACGUGUGACUCCCUGCUCAUGUGCAUUGUCACAGUACUGAGUCAUGGCCUCAGGAGUGGAGGAGGUGUUGGAGACGUCCUGCGGAAGCCAUCCAAAGAGGAGCCCCUUUUCGCAGCCAGGGUGAUCUACGACCUGCUGUUCUUCUUCAUGGUUAUCAUCAUUGUCCUCAACCUCAUCUUUGGUGUCAUCAUCGAUACGUUCGCUGACCUGAGGAGCGAGAAACAGAAGAAGGAGGAGAUCCUGAAGACGACAUGUUUUAUUUGUGGUUUGGAGAGAGAUAAGUUUGACAAUAAGACGGUUACCUUUGAAGAGCACAUCAAAGUGGAGCACAACAUGUGGCACUACCUGUUCUUCAUCGUCCUGGUGAAGGUCAAGGACUCGACGGAGUACACGGGUCCGGAGAGCUACGUGGCGGAAAUGAUCAGAGAACACAACCUGGAUUGGUUCCCACGCAUGCGGGCCAUGUCGCUGGUCAGCAGCGACGCGGACGGGGAGCAGAACGAGAUCCGGAGCCUGCAGGAGAAGCUGGAGUCCACCAUGAAGCUGGUGUCCAAUCUGUCGGGCCAGUUGACCGAGCUCAAAGAACAGAUGACGGAGCAGAGGAAGCAGAAGCAGCGGAUUGGCCUCCUGGGACACCCUCAGCACAUGAAUGUCAACCCCCAGCAGCCUGCAUAAGGUCAACUGACUCAGCCCUGUGUGUAGGGAGCACGCACCUCGCUCCGAGGCUGCACUUACUGCAUAUGUACUGCACUUAGAGUAAGUGUGACUUCCACGGUAGGGGACCUGUAACAUAGGUAGUCAUAAGACGAUGUGUAGCUCUACCCCACACACACACACGUUACUCCAAACCGUAACACUCACCCACCUCGUCCCGGCUCGGUUCCACUCUGUCCAGUUAGAAUUUGUGCCAAAAUGUUUUAUACGCAGGAAAAAUGGGAUUUCUCAACACAUGGCCUUGAAAAGUGGUGAAGCUGCCUGGACAGGAGGAACUGGCCCCAUUUAGAUUUUCAUUUUUUAUUUAUUUAUUUAUUUGUUUUCUAUUUAUACUUCUUGCAUAAUGGGCAGUAUUAAAUGUCUUAUUUUUGUAUGUUGUGCAAUAUAUUAUCUUAAAUAUGCAACCCCAUCGUUGUGUGGAUUUAAGUUUCAUGAAUCAUGACUAAUUUAAAAGUGUGGGCCAAUAUUUUUGUUUGUAACUUAUCGUCACUGGUUUAAAAUAGGAUGUAUUUACUUAUGCAGAUAUAUAGAGGUACUGUUACAUUUAAGAAGCUGGCCCCCUGCAUUUGACUUUUUUUGUCAUGGAAAUGUGUGACCUUUUUAAGUGUCCGCUGCCCUCAGUAGAAAUAGUAUAUUGUGACAGCAAUAUAUACAGAUCAUUUUCUUUCCCUUAUGUAAAUCAAACGGUGUCAUAUCUCAUUUUAUAAUAAUUCUGCUUUCCUAUUUAUUUUGGUUCUAAAUAAACAUUUAGACAUUUUAACUUGUCAGAUAUACUGUAUUAUUUCACCUGUGCUGUUACAAUUUCCACACCAAUUAACUUCAUUAAGCAUUAGCCCAAUGUCUCCUGUUUUGCAGUAGACCUGUUCCAUUUGUGCCUGGUACAUCCCCAUUUAAAGUCUAAUAAUGCUGCUUGUGCAGAGUCAAUACCUUUUACAAUCUUGCUCACUAAAAUGUAUUAGUUCGUUUAUGAAUUCAAAAAUUUAAGCUGUCAAUUUGUAUAUUAAAGUAGAAUUAUUUAUUAAAAUUGAUGUAAUCAUCCUUUA